AACAUGGGAAUCUGAGCAUAUCUUACGAAGCUUGCAUCUGAAGGAUAGUAAUCAUGCCUGCUCGGAGCUCCAUGGGCUCAAGUCAUCUACCACCACAAAGAAAACCAUCUGCAGAUUUGAAUAGAAGUUGCUGGGUUUGUUUUGCUACGGACGAGGACUUCGAAUCAAUUGAUGAAUACUCAGGGGGAUGGCUCAAACCUUGCAAAUGUCGAAAUACAACAAAGUGGGUUCAUCAACAUUGUCUUCAACGCUGGAUUGACGAAAAACAACGAGGAAAUCCGAGCAUAAAAGUUGCAUGUCCUCAAUGCUCGUACCCUUAUGUGAUAAAUUUUCCGAAACAAAGCAAUUUUAUUAGGUUUCUAGAAAUGUACGAGAAAUGGAUCCAGAAAAGCUGUCCCAUUUUAUCCGCUGGAGUGGCUGCUGGAGCAAUAUAUUGGACCUCUGUGAGUUACGGAGCUUUUACUCUGAUGCAAAUUUUAGGUGCACGAGAAGGCUUGGAACUUCUCGAAAAAGGAGACCCCUUGUUUUUACUUAUCGGAAUGCCGGCCAUUCCAGUUUGCCUGGUUCUCGGAAAGCUUGUGAAAUGGGAAGACCUAGUUUUGAAGUUAUGGCGGAAACAUUCGAAACGUGUGAUGGAUUUUUUUCAUGCAUCACAUAGAGGAACAUUCCCAUACCAACGAGAUCUCACUACGGGACAGAUGACAUCUCAGCAAGCUGCGCGUGACCCAGUAGAGGCAGCCAUCAUAUCUGAUCCUGUAAGUGCUACUCGAGUUCUAUGUGGUGCUCUAGUAUUGCCAACCAUUUCUCUUUUAUUUGGGAAAGUGUUCUUCCAAAACGUACAAACGAGCUUGCAAAGAACACUACUUGGGGGACUUAGCUUUGUGGUUUGCAAAGGUGUGCUGAAAAUGUACUUCAGGCAACAACAGUUUUUGAGGACUUUGAAAAGACAAAUCGAGGACUAUACUGACCCGGAACCGGAAGAUCACUGUGAAUCAGAGUCAGAGAGUACGAUGUCACAUGUGGAGGACGAAGCAGUGAUGACAGCUGAGUUUGAGUUUGAUACUGGCGGUGUUACCGAAUACCAUUCCGACGAAGUGAACGAAGACUUGGACAUUUUUCCGACUGAUUAGCUUGCUGAACAUCGAAACGAACAUGUGUAACUGGGUAAAGGUUUUUCGCAAAGAGCAUUAGAUUAGAACCAAGCUUUUUAGUUAUUGUUCAGAACACAUAAUAUAGGCUUUUGUA